AUGAGCACCCAGAAUUCUGCCGAAGCAUCUGCUAGUCAAAAAAGAGGAUUGACAUGUUGGAACAAUAACAAUGUUAGGGAUAAGCCAUCAUCUAUCCAAAUUCUCAUUGACUGGCUUACCAAUGCAGCAAACUACAGUUGCUGGAAAGGUAGGAAUUCCAGUAGAAAGACAAAAGAGACUUUUUGCUCAGAGAUCAAAGCUAUAAUGGUUGAGAAUGAUAUUACCCACCGGUCCAACAGUGAUAUCCGCAGCAAGAUACAGUACUUGCACGACAAGUUCAAGGAUGCUACUGAUUUCAUCAAUGGAAUCAGUCAAGAGAUUCUUAACGAUGUAGACAAGAAUGGCAAUCCCACAGCUGCAGCUGAAAAGAUGCUUAGAGUUAUAGAGUGGUUCGAUGUGAUGAUUAGCAGACCAUCAACUGUAGCUCCCUUCCCAAUUUCAAACGGGAACCCAACUUAUGUUUCCAAUGUGUUUGAAAGGGCUUACCAAUAUGACAAGGAAGCAACUCAAGUGGAAGUUGAUGGAGGCAAAGGAAUCCAGAAUAUCCUGGAUGUCCACAAUGCUCAGGAUUUCCAAGAUGUUCUCAAUGUCCAGGAUUUUGAACAGUUUGAGAUGACAUUCCCAGUUGAGCAUCUGUCUGCAGCCUCAAAUUACCAAAGGCCCUCCAAGCGAGCUCAAAAAACAGUAGACUCAAGCAUCUCUGACAUCAUAGAAGAGUCAAUCAAGAUGAACCAUGAGCAUUUUAAUUUGAUGCAGAAAAAGUUCAAGGCGGAAGAAGAGUUCCACGAGAGGCAACUUCAGCAUCAAAAAGACAUUCAUGAUUACAAGAUGAUGUUUAAGGAAAGAAGGCUGGAGAUCGAAGGGAAACAAGUUCAGAACGAAACACAACAAGCAGAGAAUGAAGCAAAGCAAUUGAAAAAUGAUGACAUUCAAAUAAAACCUCAGUACAUUGCCAAGUUGGAGAGUUUGAGGCUUUCCAAAGAAUUCUCUAUUUCUCUCAUUCUCAUUCUCACCUUUGUUGGCAUCGUCAUCCUCGCUGGUAAGUUCCAAAAAGUCUUCAUCUCCAUGGCUUAA